AGCCAAAGGGAAAUUAAAUCUGAUAUCUCCGACUCUGAACUAGAAGCAAAUAAUACACAGAUUGCUCCAAAGAAAUUGCUACAAGAGAAAUUUCAUCUCGCUGAGUUCAUGACCAGACUUGGCGAUCUUGAAGACGACCAGCUCAGCUUCAAAUAAGAUUACAAAAACUGUCGAAAUGCAUAACGAUGCUAUCAUGAGAAUAAUCCAGGAGAAUGAUGGAUUAAAGAAGUUUGUACGGGAACACUUUACCAAAGCAGAAGGACUGCUUUCAAAAUAACUCAGAACAAAUGGAAGAGAAAUUUGAAUUUAUAUUCAAAUCUGAACUCAAGGAUCUUUCCACCAAGGAUUAUGUUCAAGACAGACUCUGCGACAAAGCAAAUGCAGCUGAUAUGGUCAGAUUAAAUAGAGAGUUCAGAAUGUUAGAGACUUACGUCUCCAAAUUGGAGAAGGUGGUCUUUCAAGGCUAUAAAAAGGAAGCUGAAGUCUACCUACAAGCAAAACUUGAUAAAGAAGAGUUUAAAAAGUAUCAAGAUAGUAAAAAUAAAGAAUUUAAAACCAAUUCUAAAAGUUUAAAUACUAUACACGGAGCUGUACAUAGGCUAAAUCAGCAGUUUGAUGGACUUGAUGAUGACCUUAGAUAUCUUAAAGAAAGAUUUGAGCAAGCAGAAGCAAAUAAAGAAGUUAAAGUUGUAUACCCUGAUAUCGAUGAUGAAGACACAAUAGAUUUCUCUAAAGUUGAUUAUGAUUCUAUUACCAAAGUACCUAUACCUCACAUUGCCAAAAGGAUCCUUAAACCAAUGUACAGAGAAAUAGAGAACCUGAAGCAGGACAUCACUGACAACAUCUCAAACCUCUUAAAAGAAAAGGAUGUACAGCAAAAUUUUAAACUAGAUAACCUUGCCAAGGAGUAUUUCAAAUCUCAAGCUCAAAUAAACACUUGCAUGGACAAGAUUGAUGACUUAAUAGCAGAGAAAAUAGCUGCUGAACAGCAGAGCCAAAAACUAGCUGAAAAUUUGGAGCACCUGCAUGAGAAGCUCAAAGGGCAAGAAAGGAGAUCUUUGGUUUCAAUAGAUGAGAUCCAUAAGAAAUUAUCAGAGCAUGAUAUUAACCUCCAAGGCAUCCACCAGCAAAUUGAUUAUAUCAAGAUCAGCAAAGAGAAACUCUUUGAUGAAGUUUGUAGGAAUUUGGAUGACCUCAUUUGCUCUAAGUUUUCUCUCUCAACUAAGCUAGAAAACUCAGAUUUCAAGCUUUCUCAAAUGCUGACUGAUUUAACAGAGAGGCAGACACUUCUGCAAGGGCAGAUAGAUAAUGCGAAGAAGAAUUAUGAAGUUACAAUCUCUCAUCUUCAGAAUGAAACAGAUGCAUAUAGUCAGGAACUGAAAAGAAUGCAAAUAUUCAACAGAGAAUUAGUUGAAAAGUUCAAUACUUUGGAUUCUAAUAGAAACAUUGACUGUCGAAGCUCCAUAGGUUUUAAAGAAUCCAGAAAGAACACCUUUGUUACUGAAGAUGCUUCUUCGAUGAACAAUAUACCUCGAAGCUACUCAAGGCCAAAGGCAUUUUCCAGGAUCAAAGAAAGACCUGUAAAUUCUGCUUGUCAAACCAAGAGAAGGACAAAUUCAGAUCACAAGUCACAGAAGAGACCGAUGACUACGAAUAAGUUUAAGAAGACUCAUUCUAGAAUUAAAUUCACAAGUGAGUUAAAGAACUCAGAGAGAUCUAACUCUAGAAAGUGAGGAAACAGAUCAAUUGAUAAUAAGACUUCUUUGGAAAUCCCAGUCAAUAAGAUGUUUGCUAAAUCUAAGGGUAUCUUUCAAAAGUUUGAAACUAUCCUUAUGAACCACCCUCAAAAACUAAACGAGGGGCCGAAGACUACAUCUGGGAGGCACAGAGGUAAGAAGGGUAACUCCACGAGUAAGUCAGGAACGACCUCCACUAAUUUCAUCGAAAACUUCACCAUGCACAGUAAGAAAAAUAGCCAAAUUUGUUCGGAUCUGGACCAGAACCUCCGCUCAGAGAUUCUUGAGAAGUACCGAAACAGACAGAAUCAGGACCAGAGUAAGAAAUUUAGCAACACGAUGCACAGAAUUCAGCACUUGAUUCAGAAAUAA